AUGGAGGCGGCGGUGUAUAAGAAACAUCUCAGCUUCCGCGGUCGGGGCUUAGCCGUCCCCAUCCGCCUCAUCCGGCAGUGGAGUCGCACGUACAUGAAGAAUCACCGUCCGGACGUAAGGUGGAUGGCGUCCCCGCGGUGGACUUUCCGCUUCCGCGCACGCUACGGCCUGACCAUCCGUGUGAAAACAAAGAUGGGUCGGCGCCUUGCUGAAGGAGUGGUCAUCAAGGCGCAGGAGCGAGGUUGGAUGGAUUCCAAGCUCGUCGAGGAGUGGGUGAACCAGAUAUUCCUUCCUUUCAUCAAGCCUCCUGCUGGUCGCCGUCGGUCCAAGACGCUCCUGGUCGUUGAGGUGGCCAAUGAUGUUCACACCGCUCCUGAGGUGGAGGAGUGGGUGAACCCCCUCUUCGCCACUGCCGCUGAGGACGCGGCGGCGGCUGAGGCGAUGGAUCACGAGGAUUGUGGGGACGUGCCGCCCGAGGAGGAGGAGGAGGAGGAGGAUGACGAGGACGAGGAUGAGGAGGAGGAGGAGGAGCUGGACAUGGAGGGGGAUGUGGAGGAGGAGGAGGAGGAGUGA